AUGAACGUGCUAAUAGAUAGAUUGAAGAUAGCCGGCAAAAGUCAGAAAAUAGACAAAGAAGGAGAUUCAAUUAGGGUUCCAAGAGAUGAAAACCCUAGUUCUCUUGAAGAAGACUUUGUAGAGAAAGAGAUUGAUCAACAGAAUCUGCAUGAUAAUAAUGCUUUUCACACUAAGGCAGAUAUUUCUUUAUCCUAUGAAAUCCCAGAAGUGGAGAAGACAGAAGUUCCAGAAGGAGUGGCAGUGAUCUACAAAGAUUUUAAGAAUCUGAUUGCAGAUGACCAAGGGAAGAAAAAGAUUGAUGUUGGCAAGCAGAAGGGAACCAAAGUUUUCAAAGAGGAUGAUGAUUUAAUUGUGUUCCUCCAUAACAAGAAGUUUCAAGUUGUUACAUACAACAAAGCACAACCUAGAAACUAUGGUCAACCUUUUAAAGAAGAUGUGAUUAUAUAUCCAGAAAAGAACUUGAGGAAUAAUAAGCUCCAACCUAACAAACAUGGUCCUUUCAAGGGUUUUCCGACUGCGUCAGGCUUGCUGCCAAAAGGACCUAGGAUUGCUGUGAAUAGAGUAUGCAAUUACUUCAACAGAUUGUGUCAGCGUGUCAUUGACCCCGAGAAGAUGAUCUCCUUGGAGUCUGAGAAUGCAGAGAUUAUGUGCCAAUUGGAGAGGUUCUUUCCUCCAUCACUUUUUGAUAUCAUGUUCCACCUUCCUUUACAUCUAGCAAGGGAGGCACGAUUAGGAGGCCAGUACACUUCCGGUGGAUAUAUCCAUUUGAGAGGAGAAUGCAUAGCUUUCUGUAUGGAGUUCUUGCGUAAGUCUGUACCAGUUCAAGAACCAGUGAACCGCAAUGAAGAUGUUCAGGCUGAUGGAAAUGUUCUCGAAGGUCGGCCAUUGCAAAAGGCUACAGAUGUCUUUUGGAGCAUUCUGGAGCAUAUGGGACAUGAGGAGCAUGGAGGGACUUGGCACAUGGAAGCAGCUCAACUGGAUACGCAAAGGAAGAAGGGAGAAGCCAUCUUGAAGACCAGCUCGACCGUCUACUCGACCAACCGGUCGAGUUCCUCAACUCGACCGGCCAAGCUUCAACUCGAUCGAGCUGAGAAGUCAAAGUCAAACCCGAAAAAUGUUGCUUCCCCCUUGACUUUCCUUUGA